AUGGCUGCCACUCAGGCAUUCCUCAGUAGCCGAGCCUCGCAGGCAAACCUGUCAGCCUCCGCCGCAGCUCAAGCCCUGAGAACCAUGUCUCCGCCUCCGACCCCAGUGGAUCAGGUCCAGACAAAGCGCAUGAUUCAAAGGCAAGCUUCUUCCGGUUCUCUUUCAAGUUCAGCUCGAGGUCGAGGAAGAGGCGGCUUGCAGAGGCACAACAGUGCUGGGUCUAUGACUGAGAGGACAUUUAGAACUCCGUCGCCUUCGCCUUCGCGACCCGUCUCGCGCUCAGAACCCCAGGCCCCUCCGCUACCGACCAUUCCGCAGCAAUUUACUCCCCCCUCGACCACAUCCGUUAAGAAGAAGAAGAAGAAGAAGAAGAGAGCAUCGAGCCAAGAAGCACCUCCGCCUCGCGUACUCUCGCCGCCACUGGUGAGACCCCAAACCCGUGGCCAGAGUCUUGACAGGUACGGAUCGCCUCAGCAGCAGCCACUGCCGCCGCCGCCGCCACCCAACUUUCCCAAAAACAACAGCCUUCCACAGAACAAUGAUCUUGAGCGUGUUGACAGCCGUAACUCCAUCAACUUUUCGAGACCACUGUCGCCUCGACCUCAAUCUCCGGUGGCGCAAUCCCCAAUGGCACAGUCUCCAGUUCUCAUAAACGGCGAUCGACCUCACCCCGAUGCUGUCGCAAGGGCGAUAUCUCCGGCUGAAGCCGCAGAUAUUCAAUACGAUCUUGCGCAAACAGCAAAUCAGCCAGUCAAAAAGAAGAAAAAAAAGGUUGUCAAUGGCGCAGUGGAAGGUAGCUAUCUGCAAAGUGCGACAAUGGGGAGCAGGCCAGUUGUCAAUCCGCUAGAACGAAGCCCAGAACCGCAAAUCCAAGCCCUCUCAGAUCAGCAACCUCUUGCGAGGAAGAAAAAGAAGAAGCCUGUGUUUUCUGAGGAGAACCCUGAUUUUCCGACCGACACCUCGCGGACGGACUCUGAUUCAGAUUCGAACAUUGAGCGCAAGAGAGAGAGGCGGACUCAGAGAGCAUCGGGAGUAUUGCAGAAACAGCCAUCUAUUGUUCGAGAGGACUGGGAAGGCGAACAGCAGGAGCAAGCCAGUCCACCACAGGCCCGUCAAACCACACAUGCCACCCUCAACUCCGCCCAGGAGUCGACAACUCCGGUUCAGGAUAAGCGUCCUACAAAUGCAACAGGUGCAUCCAGGAAAAUCGAGUCCGCGGUACCGCCGCCCGCCCCCGAUCGACCUCGUUCUCCAGAGAUGCACGCAAUUGCCGCACCAGAUGGCCGCGAGGAAUCGCCAGCUUCGAUGAGCCACCUCCAAGUCACUGAACAUCAGCCUAUCCGGGGUGCUUCUCUCAGCCCCUCACGGUCCACUCGUUUCUCGGAGAGAUUGUCGUCAGACCUUGCUGCAGGGCGAAAACACGAACCUCCUCCGCGGUCAAUAUCGCCCGCUAAACCUGCCCUCAAGCAUCAUUCUCCCGCGCCAGCCUUCUCCGGCGGCGAGCCUCGUGGCUCUAGUGUUACCCCGAGCGAGUCGUCUGAUAUAUCGAGCGCAUCAGCCGAUGGCCUCCCGAAAAGGAAGAAGUCUGUGCGGGUCAGCUUCGAGGUUCAACCAGAAGUCGUUGGCACGGCCGCAAGCGUCCAAAGUCCGGCAGAAAGUCCAGGCAAGGAGAAAAAAGGAUGGCUCGGCUUGGGAAAGGGCAAACCAGUCUUGAACACCGUCUCCUCGAACGAUGACAUGGAAGAGCUGAUGAAGCCACGCCCGCAACUUCCAUCGUUCGGGAGUGUCCGCGGGCAAAAAUUUAGGGAUAUCAAUGAUUCUAACACCGCACCAAUACCAAGGCCACCUCCAGAAACUCGUACGCCACCCGUAGAGGGCAAGAGUUCUACCACAUCGGGGACCUCUUCAGAAACAUCCAGCAACUACAACCCCUAUUCGGCAGCAGGCGUAUCAAGCGAUCAUGCUGUAGGGGCUGUCUUCGCUCAAGAAGCCCGAAAGACCCUUGGACAGACCUCUGCAAAUCGAUCCAAUGAACCCCUCCCGCCCGAGGUGACCUCCGUAGAGGGCACGGUGUCAUUUUCCGACGAAGAAAACGACACUUCAGGGGCUGAGGAGACUGUGUACACACCCCCUGCUCGCAUAGGUCGCGAAGGUGAAGCUCGCACAGACGCAAAGACCACCCAGGCGAUAGUAAUCAAUCAACCAGUCAGACCAGCUGUUGAGCAGCCUCUUCAGACGGAAGUGCCUGUGGUAUCCGUCUCCCCUCCUACCCCUGCUGAAGAACUGAAACCCAAUGACCAAUAUCUUGUGGAGGUUCCAGGAGGGUUUCCUCUGUCUGCGGAACAUCUAGGCAAACGCGACGAGUUAAGCAAGGGGCCGCCCGUCACAAUUAGACUCCCAGACUUGAGUUCACGUACUGUCGCGGAAGUGAUAGACGAAGAUGAGUCGGACAAUGAUAGCAUCUACAGCGAUGCGGCAGAAGAUCCCUCGGAGAUGGAAGGAAUGGGAUUCGGUUCCAUUGACGCGAUUGUGGAAAGUCCCAUUGUAACUCCGCCAGCACUUCUGACUUCACCAGAGAGUCCUCUUGCGCGAGUAUCACCUUCAGUUUCUCACGAUGCACUGGACGCCGGAUCUUGGGAGGAAACACAGGCCCGCUGGAGUGGCAUCGCGGAGCAGACGAGAUAUCUGCCCAGCCAUAUCAUCAAAAGCCAACCAACAUGUGCGACCGCUAUCCACGAUGUGGAGCAGGCGAAGCGAGCUCUAGAACACCAGCCCGUGCAAGAGAGGACGCCGGAGGCUGCAACAACAGUAUAUAACAAGAUAUCGCAACCUGUACAACCUCGACCUACACGGCCCCCCACAUCACAACCUAAACGCAAAAAGAAGUCGCCUGCUGCAAUAGCCGCUGCUGCCUCUGCACCGGCAGCAGCGGCAGCUACGCAAGGAUUAUCAGACUCGCCUCUACGCAAAAGGAACCAACCUUCUGCGUAUCCAACGAUCGAUGGCCCAAACCUUGGAUAUGCUGCAGCCGCUGCAGCACCCUUCCGACAGUCAAUGAGAGCCAGCUCCUCUCCAGAGGCUGAACCUGGGUUCCGCAAGACUCUGCGUAAUGAGAACCGCAAUUCAAUGCCAGUUUCAAUGGUCUCCCCACAACAACAACGAGCAAGCCAACCGCUGACGUCUAUCCCUCCAACCCAAUCCCGAUCAGCACUCCAAAAGAAGCACAUACCUUCAGCCGCGGCUGCCGCUAUCUCCGCCCCCGCGCCUCGGACGCAGCCUGUUCGCCCAGUUGUGACAAACGACAGUGACUCGGAGAGCUCGUUCCGGAAGGCUCGUCGCAGUAAGUCAACUACGGGCGGCAAAUAUACAAUGCGUCGAAGUAUGCGAGGUCCGGCCCAACCAAGUCUACGAGGAGAUAGGCUCAGUGGCAUCCGAUCAGUUUCGCCCGUGGGCAGGCGACCGUUCUCAUCGGAUGGUUCUCACACCAUGAGGCAUACUAUGAGAGCAUCAAUCGACAAUGUGCCGACCCUUCGCGGGUCGACCGACUUCAGAAGAUCAUCAUCCUUGUUUGCUCGCCAGCAGACAGGUAAGGCUCCUACUCUUUCCAUGAGUAUGGGCGGGCAGAACAACCGAUCCCGCACCCUAGACUCUGAUGACGAGGAUGAACACCCUCAACGCAGCAAAUGGCGUUCCCGUUUCGCAGACGAUAGUGACGACGAAAUUGACGUACCACAAUUUGCCCCGGUGCGUGGCAUUCCUCGUGGAAACAACGAUGAUGAAUCUACAGACCUGGAUGACAGUUCAGAUGAGGAGCGGGCGGCACCAAAAGCACAAGCCACACCCAAACUUCAAAUUCCCCAGGUUGGUUCACCUGCGCCACUUAGCAGUGCUGAGGCCGUGUCUCCGAGUAGUGAGAAGAAGCGGGGAAUACUUGGAAUAUUCCGCAGCAAGAAGCCAAAAGAGGAGGGACUGUCACCGGUGGUCGAAUCUCCGCAAAUGCCCGCGAAGGCCACAGAUACGACCAAAGCGUCUCGGCUUGGAUUCGCUUCGACUGCCGAAAGAGACAGAGUCAUUGCGCAGACGAGAGCCAAGUUGGAGGCUGCAAAAGAGCAACAGAACGUUCGCGAGCCACAACAUGGGCAUGCCAAACUGCACCGGCGGCACGGGCCCGAGCGAAUAAUGAGUGAUUCUUGGCCGCUACCUCCCGCAUUACCAAAUGAGAACCCUCGGCCGAGCACCGCGGAUGGGCCUCUGAUGCGAAAUGGAACGACGAGGCUGAACCAAGGCAGCAUGCGCAAACCCCAUGAGGUUCCGGAAGUCGUUGGCCGCAGUGGGAAAAAGAAGAAGUUCCCCUUGUUACGCAAAGCCUUUGGGCUGAAAGACUAA